AUGGGUCGUCAAGCCUACCUCGAUAAGAUCGCAUUCGGGCGAUCAGCUUUCGAGCCCACACAGUCGGCUUCAGUUUCUUCAGAAUACAUCCAACUCGAGUCGUCCCAAUCUGAGAUUCCAGCGCGAUAUCACGAAGCCUCGGCGCACAACUACAUCCAGCUCUAUGAUGAACGCGGCAAUCCAAUCAAUCCUCGCUCUCAGCAAUAUGGCAGGAAGUUGAGAAGUGCCCAGAAUGAUGUACUUGCAUCAGUAGGUGUAGUGGAACGAAGACGUUCUUCUAGCCAUGGACUUCCGGGUUCCAGUGAAGAGCGCUUCGAGCUGCUUGAAGCCGAGGACACAGUAGGAAAUGGAGUCGCAUUGGUCACCACACUCACAGAGAACCUGUGUACUUGGUGGAUAGGAACUAUCGGAGACAGGAUCCUGACGUUUCGCUAUCACCAUGCCCUCUCGUUUGGUCAGAUUGUUGCUUUCGAGUACGCGCAAUCUGGAACAUCCGUUAUCUAUGCAGGCUUUGCUUCUCGCAUGCUUGCCACCAUGAACAUCCAAACAAUCAUAUACAGCACAGUCUUUCUCUAUUUGGGUCUUGAAGGACUAUGCUACCCAUUCUUCUAUCAUGCAACUCUACAACGCAUCGGCCUGGUACCAGCUCGAGCACUACUUCCGCGAUGGAGCUCUCUCAAUCCCUUUUCCAGCUCAUCUCCGCUGCGGCCUUUUUCCUUGUAUUACAAUGCCUCUGAUUCGGCUAUGGAUUGUAUCAAGGCCGCCUUGACCUCACCCGUUGUUAUAUUAUGCGUUGGACUUUCGUUAGAACGCUGGGUCUAUGCCUGCGUAUAUGAAGCUGUCGAGUCAUCCAUACUUCGUCCUGACAAUCCCGACAUAUCCAGCCGGGACGUAAAUGGUAGGAGCCGAGCCUUGACUGCUCUCGGCAUGCGGCGCGAGUCACCAGCUCUGGUUCGAAACUCUAUCCACAAAGUUCUUGAGCUACUUGGUUGGGCUUCGCCACGUACCUCGCAGUGUACAGAACGGAGCGGCCCGAACGAUGCCCAGGCGAUAGACGUUGGUGGCACUCGGGUUACUAACGCUGUGCCACUCAAUCUUCCCGUUGUUCAGAUGGAAACGCCGCCAGCAACUGAGCCACCUGACACGGAUGUAAUCACAAUCCCCAUUGACGCAAUCGAAGAUUUAAUGCGUUCUACAACACCGCCAGGUUCGACAACAGGACUAGAUCAAGACGAGAACGAUCCCCGAAUCCGCAUUACUUCUAGAGAAGGUAUUGUGGAGAUGGAAGUUCGUCUUCCGUCUAGAAUACUGUCCACUCACACUGAUGUUGCAGAAGCUAUCGGCUCCCAACGAGGUCAUGGGGCUGUUGAGCCACUGAAUCAAGACCAUCUGUCCGGCAACCCUUAUCAUCGCGUUACUCGACUCUCGUGCGAGCCUGCUCAAAUGAUCGGCGCAAUAAUGAGAGCCCAAAUUGUCGGCCUAGCCAUGCUCCCCGUCAGGAUGGUCACUAUGCGAAUGAUUGCCUUGCACUAUCUGGCCGGCGAAGGACGGUACACAGGGCCACACCGCGCCGUUAGUACAGUAGGAUUUCCCGGCAGCUUUAGCUGGCAAGAGGUUGGCGUACAACUCUCCCGGGUAGCGCUCUGUGGGGCGUUGGAAGUAACUAUUGAUCUCGGGCUGUGGGGACUGCAAUAUCUGGCUAUAACAAAGUUUGGACAGAGUCUAUUUGGGUGGGGUAGUCUGUGA